AUGUACAGCGACGGAACCUUUUUGAAACGAUCCAUCUAUUAUCGGCUGGAUGAAAGUAAUUUGGACCCGCCUAAGAGAGUUGAUCAUUUGUUUAUCUGCGCCGAGGCCGGAAAACUGUGCUCUGAUAAAGUAAGAACUUCACUCCAAAAUCUUACAGAAAGAAAUUAUGAAGCAAACCUCGACGCAUGUAUAAGACAACUACCGAGAGGACCUCUAAUGAAGGAAAUUUGUGUUUUUUUCAAGGAGAUAGAACGAAGAAAGGAUACUAAAGCAUAA